CGCACAAGGCAGAAGCCGGAAGCAAGCAGCAGAAGUAGAGCCCUUUGGAAGGUAGAAAGCCCCCCACUCUCUCUCUAAAAAGUCUCUGAAUCAUUUCUUCUUCCGAAGAUUUCUCGCCAUUUCUGAGCUUCCGUUUACUUCCGGUCAUCGGAAAGCUAAGACGGAGACGAAUCCGGAGCUGCCCUAAAACCUUUGGGGGUUUAGGGUUUCGGAUUUGUAGUUGCCUCUCUGUGUGUGUGGAUCUGCGGCCGAUCAGAGUGUUGAAGGACAUAACCGCGAGUUGGGGUUUACAGAGUUCGCCGUCGCUGCAUGUUUUUCUUCUGAGAGAGGAGGCAAUGGCGAGUUCUUAUCCGGGAGCUGUUAGUGCUGUUCAGGUGGGUUCGUACUUUGUGACCCAGUACUAUCAGAUUCUUCAAAAGAAACCCGAUGUUGUUCAUCAGUUCUACUCUGAUGGAAGCUCCAUGAUUCGUAUCGAUGGCGAUGCAACGGAAUCUGCUGCCGGUAUACUGCAAAUUCAUUCACUCGUAGUAUCUCUAGGUGUUACCUCAAUUGAGAUCCAGACAAUCAAUUCCAGUGAUUCUUGGGAUGGAGGUAUUCUUGUGAUGGUUAAAGGGUUUGUUAAAACAAGGGAAUCAAGUGGAAAGAGGAAAUUUGUCCAGACUUUCUUUCUGGCUCCCCAGGACAAAGGUUACUUUGUUCUCAAUGAUAUGCUUCAGUUCAUUGAGGAUGAAGUUGCUUUCCAACAUCCUGAACCCAUACAGUCAGAAAGCAGAUUUGAUAUGCAACUUAGCGCUUCUAGCCCCCUUCCGGAACCACCAGUUUCUGACUAUGUUUAUGAGGAGGAUCCCAGGGAGUAUGUGAACUCCGUUGAUGUAGAAGAUGAUCCAGUUGAUAAGUAUAGUCUCCCAGAGCAACAGGUGCAGCAAGAUUUUGAGACUGAAGUUGUGGUGGAGGAAACUCCUGCAGAGGAGACAUAUUCUUCGUUUCAAAGUGUGGUAAACAAUGUGCAAGACGAACCUGCUGCUGCUGUGGAGGAACCGGUGGGAGAGCCUCAAAAGAAAACUUAUGCUUCUAUAUUGCGGGUUGCUAAAGAACCGUCUGCACCAGUAGCAGCUCCACAACCUUAUAAUAGAAGUGCUCAAACUUCAUCAGAGUGGAGUUACACACCUCAGCCUGCUGUUGAACAAUCCAACUCUGCUCAGUCAUUUGUGCCCGAGUCUGGGGCAGAAGCAACAGAGGAAGGUUAUGCACUGGAGGAAGAAGGUGAACUUCUGAAAUCUGUCUAUGUAAGAAAUUUGCCUCCUACGGUUUCUGAAGAUGAGAUCGAGGAGGAGUUUAAAAACUUUGGUCAAAUUAGACCUGAUGGGGUCUUUGUUAGGGCUCGCAAGGAAAUUGGAGUCUGCUACGCUUUUGUUGAAUAUGAAGACAUUGCUAGCGUUCACAAUGCACUCAAGGCAUCUCCAAUUCAUUUAGCUGGAAGGCAAGUUUACAUUGAGGAGCGGAGACCAAACAGCGCUGGAGCGGCAGCUCGAGGAAGAGGAAGGGGUAGAGGCAGAGGCGGUUACCAAACUGACGCCACAAGGGGGCGUUUUGGUGGCCGGGGUUCAGGCAGGGGUAGUUACCAGGAUGGAGAUUACAACAGACCAAGAGGCAAUGGUUUCCAUCAGCGUGGCACACGAUAAGCCAGCAAGGAGUUUAGAAGUUCCAAGUCCACACGGACAGAAUAUCGAAGGAAAAUUUACGUGAGGGGUGAUUGAAAGCUUUUCGAAUGCAGAAGAUUCCCGAUCGAGUAUUUUCCUCUCUAGAUAGUUUCAUCAAAUUGUAUUUGUACUUUUUGAGUGUCACAUGAAAUUUUAUUUGAACUUCCGUUUACAAUUACAAGUUUUCGUACCCCUUGGAUAGUUUUUAUCUGCAAUUCAAGUGGGGAAUUUUGGGCCUUCGACGCCCCUAGUUGUGAGGGUAUGUGUUAAGAUGUUUGUUUCCAGUUUUCUACAUGAAGGUAUUCUGUUUUCGUUAA